GUGUGUGUUUGUGAGUUAGUGAACAAGAUGCCCAGAAGGACUGUGUCAGUUCCGCAUCCCACCGGGGAUCCAACUCCAAGUAAUUUUGCAGAGAAAGACCCUCUCAAAUCAAAUGGAGACCCCCAUGCCAGAGCCCCCGAGGAAAGGGUGGAACUGCGGAAGAAGGUGACCCUGCUCAGAGGAAUCUCUAUCAUCACUGGGACGAUCAUAGGAGCGGGAAUAUUCAUUUCUCCAAAGGGAAUUCUGAAAAACUCAGGCAGCGUGGGAAUGUCACUGGUGGUGUGGAUUGCCUGUGGGAUUCUGUCUCUUUUCGGUGCUCUAUCAUAUGCUGAGCUGGGUACAAGUAUUAAAAAGUCUGGUGGCCAUUACACGUACAUUCUGGAGGCGUUCGGUCCGAAAAUGGCUUUUAUGAGAAUGUGGGUUGACAUGAUUGCCAUUAGACCUGCAGGUUUGGCUGUGAUCGGUCUGGCAUUUGGCCGCUAUAUUUUAGAGCCCAUCUUCAUGCCAUGUGGAGUUCCUGAAAUUGCCAUUAAAUUGGCCACAACAAUCGGACUCACUGCGGUAAUGUAUCUUAACAGCAUGAGUGUAAGCUGGACUGCCAGAAUCCAGGUCUUCCUCACAUUCACCAAGCUGCUCACUAUUGCCGUUAUCAUUGUUCCAGGAGUAUAUCUACUUUUCAAAGGGGAGACCAAAAACUUUGAGAAUGCAUUUGAGGUCAGCACCGUACAUUUGUCAGGACUUCCUCUCGCCUUCUACUCAGGGAUGUUCGCCUAUGCCGGCUGGUUUUACUUGAAUUUUGUGACUGAGGAGGUGGAGAAUCCUGAGAGGACAGUGCCUCUUGCCAUCUGCAUCUCCAUGGUGAUAGUAAUGAUCUGUUACACAAUGACAAACGUGGCAUAUUACACUGUGAUGUCAGCAGAAGAGCUGUUAGCCUCCGAUGCCGUAGCUGUGACUUUUGCAGAGAAACUGAUGGGAAACUUCUCUUUUGCAGUUCCAGUUUUUGUGGCUCUGUCUUGCUUUGGGUCCAUGAAUGGAUGCCUUUUUGCUAUCUCAAGAAUGUUCUUUGUGGCCUCUCGAGAAGGUCAGCUUCCUGAAGUUCUCGCUAUGAUUCACAUACGCCGACACACGCCAUUACCUGCUGUGAUAGUCCUGUAUCCAAUCACACUACUGAUCCUCUUCCUAGGGGACAUCUACAGCCUGCUGAACUUUAUGAGCUUCCUGCGCUGGUUGUUCAUCGGGGUUGCUGUCAUCGGCCUCAUCUACAUGCGCUACACACGCCCUGAUAUGCCCCGACCAUUUAAGGUCCCUAUUUUCAUCCCUGCUGUGUUCUCCCUCACCUGCUUCUUCAUGGUCUUCCUUUCUCUAUAUUCAGAUCCAAUUAAUACUGGUAUUGGCUUCGCCAUCUCUCUCACAGGGAUCCCUGCAUACUACAUAUUCAUCCACUGCGAAAGAAAACCCAAAUGGUUACAGAAAUUCUCAGAUUCUGUGAACAGAUCACUACAAAUCAUCCUAGAAGUGGUUCCUGCCGAUCAAUGACCAUCAUCCUUUUUCUCUGUGCAUGUACAGUAUGUGCGUAGGCUAUACGGUAUCUGUUCAUUCACUUAGUAUCUAGUACUGUAGUUCUCAGCUGGUGGGUCAUGACCAAAAAUGGGCACAUUUGUGUUGACAGCAGAGAGAGAACAAUCCUAAAUGCAAAUAAUAAAAUGCAACUGAAGCUAAACCAGUUGAGACCUACUGCUGUCUGUAUCGAAAAUGAAAUACAGUAUCUCAAAUGUCUCUGCUUCGGUCCACCCUGAGAAAGAGACAUAACACUGUCAUUUCAACACAUUAUUCAAUUUCCAAUGCUAUGAAUCACCUAAUGUGACAUAGC